AUGGGAACUCCAGUGAAUAUUAUUGUAGGUUCUCAUGUGUGGGUUGAAGACACAGACGUGGCUUGGAUUGAUGGUGAGGUUGAAAAGCUCACUGGACAAGAAAUCACUGCAAAGUUAUCAAAGAUAUACCCAAAGGAUGUUGAAGCUCCUGCUGGUGGUGUUGAUGACAUGACAAAGCUCUCUUACCUCCACGAACCUGGUGUCCUUCAGAACUUAAAGAUCAGAUAUGAACUUAAUGAAAUCUAUACAUACACAGGAAACAUCCUUAUAGCUAUUAAUCCUUUUCAACGGUUGCCUCACAUCUAUGAUGCCCAUAUGAUGCAACAAUACAAAGGAGCACCUUUUGGAGAAUUAAAUCCUCAUGUUUUUGCAGUUGCUGAUGUUGCAUACAGGGCUAUGAUUAAUGAAGGGAAGAGCAAUUCGAUUCUUGUAAGUGGUGAGAGUGGAGCAGGGAAAACUGAAACAACUAAGAUGCUUAUGAGAUACCUUGCGUAUUUAGGAGGUCGUGCAGUUACAGAAGGAAGGACUGUUGAACAACAAGUUCUUGAAUCAAAUCCUGUUCUUGAAGCCUUUGGUAAUGCAAAAACUGUGAGGAAUAACAACUCAAGUCGCUUUGGUAAAUUUGAGAUUGAAAAGUACAAGCUGGGCCAUCCAAAGACCUUUCAUUAUCUGAACCAGUCUAAAUGCUACGAGCUUGUCGGUAUAAGUGAUGCUCAUGAUUAUCUUGCAACAAGGAGAGCUAUGGAUAUUGUUGGAAUUAGUGAAAAGGAACAGGUCAGUUUGUAUAAGCUUGUCGGUUUUGUUUUCUGCAGUUUUGUAACUUUCUCCCUUUUGUCUUAUAUCAAACAGGAAGCAAUUUUCAGGGUGGUUGCUGCAAUUCUUCAUAUUGGAAACAUUGAGUUUACUAAAGGAAAAGAAGUGGAUUCAUCAGUUCCUAAGGAUGAUAAGGCCAAGUUUCAUCUCAAGACAGCAGCAGAACUUCUCAUGUGUGAUUUAAAAGCUCUUGAAGAUGCAUUAUGUAAACGUGUUAUGGUCACACCAGAGGAAGUUAUAAAGAGAAGUCUUGAUCCAGAGAGUGCUGUUACUAGCAGGGAUGGUCUCGCUAAGACAGUCUACUCUCGAUUGUUUGAUUGGUUGGUAAAUAAGAUUAAUAACUCAAUUGGACAAGAUGCGAAUUCAAAAUGUCUAAUUGGAGUUUUGGAUAUUUACGGAUUUGAGAGCUUCAAAACUAACAGUUUUGAACAGUUUUGUAUCAAUUUCACUAAUGAGAAGUUGCAGCAACAUUUCAAUCAGCAUGUUUUCAAGAUGGAACAGGAAGAGUACACAAAAGAAGCUAUAGACUGGAGCUACAUUGAGUUUGUGGACAACAAAGAUGUUCUUGAUCUUAUAGAAAAGAAACCUGGUGGAAUCAUUGCUCUCCUCGAUGAAGCUUGUAUGUUUCCAAAAUCAACCCAUGAGACAUUUUCAAACAAGUUAUAUCAGACUUUUAAGGCUCACAAGAGGUUCAUCAAACCAAAACUCUCAAGAACAGAUUUUACCGUUGCUCAUUAUGCUGGAGAAGUUCUGUAUCAGUCUGAUCUAUUUCUAGACAAAAACAAGGAUUAUGUGAUCCCUGAACACCAAGAUUUGUUGGGAGCUUCAAAAUGCCCUUUUGUAAUGGGUCUUUUCCCUCCACUCCCUGAAGAAACAUCCAAAUCUUCAAAGUUCUCAUCCAUUGGUUCUCGUUUCAAGAUGCAACUCCAGCAACUGAUGGAAACAUUAAACUCUACCGAGCCUCAUUACAUCAGAUGUGUGAAGCCUAACAAUCUCUUAAAGCCUGCCGUAUUUGAGAAUGUGAACAUCAUGCAGCAGCUGCGAUGUGGUGGUGUUUUAGAGGCGAUCAGAAUUAGUUGCGCAGGGUAUCCAACACGUAAACCUUUCUUUGAGUUUGUAAACCGCUUUGGACUUCUAUGUCCUGCUGCUUUAGAAGGGAGCUACGAUGAGAAAGUCGUGUGUAAAAAGAUCUUGGACAGCAUGGGACUUAAAGGAUACCAGAUUGGUAAAACAAAGAUCUUCUUGAGAGCUGGACAGAUGGCUGAACUCGACGCUAGGAGAACAGAAGUACUUAGUGGUGCUGCCAAAAAAAUCCAGAGAAGAACAAGAACUCAUCAAGCUCAGAAACGGUUUAUUGUUCUGAGAAAGGCCACAGUAUCUCUACAAGCUCUAUGUAGAGGAAGACUUUCAUGCAAAGUUUAUGAAAAUUUGAGACGAGAAUCUGCUGCUGUGAAGAUUCAGAAGAAUGGUAGGAGAUAUUACUCUAGAAAAUCUUACAAAAAGCUCCAUGUGUCUGCGCUUGUUGUUCAGACUGGUCUGAGAGCAAUGGCUGCUCGUAAAGAAUUCAGAUUCAGGAAGCAAACAAAGGCUGCCACAAUUGUUCAGGCUCAGUGGCGUUGUCACAGAGCAACCACAUACUACAAGAAGCUUAAAAAUGGAGUGAUCAUAUCUCAGACUAGAUGGAGAGGCAGACUUGCUAGGAGAGAACUUAGGAAACUCAAAAUGGCAUCAAGGGAAACAGGAGCACUUAAAGAGGCAAAGGAUAUGCUUGAAAAGAAAGUUGAGGAACUCACAUACCGUGUUCAGUUGGAGAAACGUUUGAGGGUUGAUUUAGAAGAAGCAAAGACUCAGGAGACAGCAAAACUUCAGAGUUCGUUAGAGGAAAUGCGUAAGAAAGUGGAAGAAGCAAAUGCAUUGCUUGUGAAGGAACGUGAAGCUGCAAAGAAAGCAGCUGAAGAAGCUCCUCCUGUUAUUCAAGAAACACAAGUUUUAGUUGAAGAUACAAAGAAGAUUGAAUUGAUGACAGAGGAAUUGGAGAGUGCAAAGGCUACUCUAGAAAAUGAGAAACAGAGAGCUGAUGAUGCAGUGAAGAAAUUUGAAGAAGCUCAAGAGUCUCUUGAAGACAAAGGAAAGAAACUUGAAGAGUCUGAGAAGAAAGGUCAGCAACUCCAAGAGUCCCUGACAAGGAUGGAGGAAAAGUGCACCAACUUGGAGUCAGAGAAUAAAGUCUUAAGGCAACAGGCUGUGUCCAUGGCACCGAAUAAGUUUCUCUCUGGCCGCUCCAGGUCCAUUUUACAGAGAGGUUCUGAGAGUGGUCAUCUAGCAGUAGAUACAAGGUCAAGCUUGGAUCUACAUAGCCAUUCAAUAAACCAUAGGGAAUCCUCAGAAGUAGAUGAUAAACCACAGAAAUCAUUAAACGAGAAGCAGCAAGAAAAUCAUGAUCUGCUCAUCCGCUGCAUUGUCCAACCUUUGGGUUUCAAGGGAAACCGACCUAUCACAGCAUGUAUCAUCUACAAAUGCUUACUUCAAUGGAGAUCAUUUGAAGUUGAAAGAACCAGUGUCUUUGACCGCAUUAUUCAGACAAUAGGACAUGCUAUUGAGACUCAAGAUAACAACAACACAUUGGCUUAUUGGUUAUCCAACGCCUCUACACUCCUCUUACUCCUCCAACGCACACUCAAAGCUAGUGGUGCAGCAGGGAUGGCUCCACAACGCCGCCGUUCAUCUUCUGCUACUCUAUUUGGAAGGAUGACUCAGAGCUUCCGGGGAGCACCUCCAGGUGUAAACCUUGCAAUGAUAAACGGUGCUGCAGGAGGUGGAGCAGAUACCUUAAGACAAGUUGAAGCAAAGUACCCAGCUCUACUGUUUAAGCAGCAGCUCACAGCUUAUGUUGAAAAAAUAUACGGAAUGAUUAGAGACAACUUGAAGAAAGAGAUUUCUCCACUCCUUGGAUUGUGCAUUCAGGCUCCAAGAACAUCGAGAGCAAGUUUAGUGAAAGGAGCGUCACGUUCAGUGGCUAACACUGCUGGUCAGCAAGCAUUGAUUGCUCACUGGCAAGGAAUUGUGAAGAGCCUUACAAAUUUCCUCAACACUCUGAAAUCGAAUAAUGUUCCUUCAUUCUUGGUGCGUAAGGUGUUCACACAGAUAUUCUCAUUCAUCAAUGUUCAACUGUUUAACAGUCUUCUAUUGAGACGUGAGUGUUGUUCAUUUAGCAAUGGUGAGUAUGUCAAAGCUGGCUUGUCUGAAUUGGAACACUGGUGUUUCAAGGCAACAGAUGAGUAUGCUGGUUCAUCAUGGGAUGAGCUUAAACAUAUAAGACAAGCCAUUGGGUUUCUGGUCAUACACCAAAAACCAAAGAAAACCCUCGAUGAGAUUAGUCAUGAUCUUUGCCCUGUACUUAGCAUACAACAGCUAUACAGGAUCAGUACAAUGUACUGGGACGACAAAUAUGGCACACACAGCGUCUCUCCAGAUGUUAUAGCAAAUAUGAGGGUGCUGAUGACAGAAGAUUCUAACAAUGCUGUAAGCAACUCUUUCCUUUUGGAUGACGACUCAAGCAUUCCUUUCUCUGUUGAUGAUUUAUCAAAGUCGAUGGAGAGAUUUGAUAUUGCUGAUAUCGAACCUCCACCUUUGAUCCGGGAGAAUUCUGGUUUUAGCUUCUUAUUGCCAGUCGCUGAGUGA